CGCCUGUCCCCCUCCUCCCGCCUUACCCCUCCCCCAGGAGCCCCCCUCUCUCUCCUCGCCCACCUCCGCCGGGAGCGAGCGCCGCGGCUGUGCGGAAAAGCCAUGGGAGGCGAGACCUCGGCACCUGUUCAGCUGAAAUCAAGGGCUUACAGUACACUGGGCAGUUUGGCUUGGUGGUAGGAACGAACCAAAGGAAGGAGAAGCAAGCAAGAAAAAGUGAGAGAGGAUUGGAGCGACUGCCGCUGCCGGGAAAAAAAAAUAAAAACCCAAGGAAGAUAACUGGGAAGGAAAAGGAUUUUCAUGGCGCAGGCUGCAGAGCUAAGCAAGAAGACUGAAGGUUGCAUCUCUGCUCUUACAGUCUCUAACUGUCUAGGUCCAGAUAAUGAGAGAUUGUGUUGAGGAUGCUGCUGCUGCUCCCCUGUUCACUGUGGAAGCCAUCUCCAAAUUAGCCAUUACAUAUGGAAACUGGAGACCAGAAUUUUAGAAAAAGGGAUUAAGGCGUCUCGUUUUGGGGGGGGUUCUCUCUUUAUUUGUUUAGUUUUUCUUGGUUCUUUUCUCGCCUUUUUUUUUUUUUUCUUUUUCCUCUUUCCUUUUUUUAUAUCUCAACCAGAACGUUUCCGAUUUAAAAGGCAAGCCUCUUCCCGUGUGGUCUUUCUAAUUUACACUCUUUUCCGUGGGCUUUCUUACCUCCCUUUUUUGAUAUCUAUCUCUCUAUAUAAACCCAUUAUAUUAUUAGUCGGAAUUAUUAUUCUUUUAUUUUAUUAAACACACACACCCCAAGAAUCAGAAGGCGGUUGGGUAUUUGUAUAAUGAAGAAUUAUGGGGCUCUUUGACAGAGGUGUUCAGAUGCUUUUAACCACCGUUGGUGCUUUCGCUGCCUUCAGCCUGAUGACCAUAGCUGUGGGGACCGACUACUGGCUUUACUCCAGAGGGGUUUGCAAGACUAAAACUGUCAGUGAGAACGAAACCAGCAAAAAGAACGAGGAAGUCAUGACCCAUUCUGGAUUAUGGAGAACCUGCUGCCUGGAAGGGAAUUUUAAAGGUCUGUGUAAGCAAAUCGAUCACUUCCCUGAGGAUGCAGAUUAUGAAGCCGAUACAGCAGAAUAUUUCCUCCGGGCUGUUAGAGCCUCUAGUAUUUUCCCGAUCCUGAGUGUGAUUCUGCUUUUCAUGGGUGGACUCUGCAUUGCAGCCAGCGAGUUCUACAAAACCCGACACAACAUCAUCCUUAGUGCCGGCAUCUUCUUCGUGUCCGCAGGUCUGAGUAAUAUAAUUGGCAUCAUCGUAUACAUAUCAGCCAACGCUGGAGACCCCUCCAAGAGUGACUCCAAGAAGAACAGCUAUUCCUACGGCUGGUCCUUCUACUUCGGGGCCCUGUCCUUCAUUAUAGCCGAGAUGGUGGGAGUGCUGGCGGUCCACAUGUUCAUAGACCGGCACAAACAGCUGCGCGCCAACGCCCGUGCCACGGACUACCUCCAGUCCUCCGCCAUCACCCGCAUCCCCAGCUACCGGUACCGCUAUCAGAGACGCAGCCGCUCCAGCUCCCGCUCCACUGAGCCUUCACACUCCAGGGAUGCCUCUCCCGUCGGGAUCAAAGGGUUCAAUACCCUCCCAUCAACAGAGAUCUCGAUGUACACCCUGACCAGGGACCCGCUGAAGGCAAGCACCACCCCCACCGCUACCUACAACUCCGACAGGGAUAACAGUUUCCUCCAGGUUCACAACUGUAUCCAGAAAGAGAACAAGGACUCUAUCCACACCAACACAGCCAACCGCCGGACCACCCCGGUAUGAAGCCGUCGCCAUGAGCCGAAAAUGGGGCAGGAGCGGGCAGGAGGAAAAGGGGUGGGCUGCGGGAUGGGGAGGGUGGAAGGGGCAGGGGCCAACAGGGGGGUGGGAAGGAAGAGGUGGAUGUGCCCCGUAGCGGGUGGGGACCUUCCCAAUGCAAAAAAAAAAAAAAAAAAAAAAAAAAAAAAAAAAAAAAAAAAAAAAAAAAAACCAAAAAAAUCCAUAAAAAGUAACAAAAAGACAAAAAAAGAACAACAACAAAAAAAACACUAAAUGAAGAAGCAGACAAGUAGAUGAACAAGCAAGCGAACAAAAAAACCAACCAAACAAAAACCCAAACAAAUGCAAAUGAAAAGGAAACAUGAGGAAAGAGACAGCAAUUUAAAAAAAAAAAAAAUUAAAAAAAGGAAAAAGGAAAAAAAAAAGAAAAAAAAAAGGAAAACUUUGAAAUCAAGAGAAAGAGAAUUAAAAAUAGAAAUAAAUUUAAAAGAAAAUGCAUGAUUUCCCAUGUACCAUUAUUUUAACAUUUAAUAAAAACAGACUUUAAAAAAAAAAUAAAAGGGAAUGAAGGAAAAAAAAAAAACAAUU